AUGUCUUCAAUUUGCUCGGAGUUUCAGGACUGUGAAGAAGAAAAAACGUGUUCGCCUGGUAAUCCAUUAAAAGAGGAGAAAAAGCUGUGUGCACCUCUCAGACGUCUCUACAACCUCAACAAGAGAAAGUCAUUCGCUGCUUUUGUGUCAUCCAAGCGGGAACCGGGUCCAGAAGCAGGCGGGAGUCCAUCUUGGCGGUGCUGUGCUUUCACAGAGCACGCCACAGUACACCGGCACGUUGCCAGGAUGCACGCCGGUGAAAUCCAGCGGGUUGCGUGGGCCCAUUACGAGCGAACGCUUAGCCAAAGCCGGCAGGGAGAGGAAGAUGAUGUCAAACCGAGCGAUGAAAGCUUAUGUGUGAACAUCUCUGCUUGGAUGCCAGAUAUUAGUCAUAUCCCAGAGGAGCAACUUGAGAGAGGACCUGGCAAAGUUCUACUGUACUAUCACUACUGCCACGUGGAGGAGCCGCACGUCGUCUGCGCUUGGCAGAGAGCUUUGUGCCAGCGUCUCCGCCUAACCGGCAAGGUGAGAGUGGGUACAGAGGGCAUCAACGGAACCGUUGGUGGGACCCGCGUCGCCACUGAGGUCUACGUGGAUGCCAUGUGCUCGCAUCCGCAUUUCCACAUGGUAAAAAAGGAUUUUAAGACAAGCGACGGCGGUUCUGAGUGUUUUACCGAGCUGAAGGUGGGGGUCUUCAAGGAAAUUGUCCCAAUGGGAUUGGACCCCAAUGUUCUCUCCUAUCGACUCGCAGGAGUUCAUCUAGAGCCGGAGGAAUUUCACAAAAAGGUAGAAGCUCUGAUGGCUGAGGGCGAUGAGCACAGUGACACCGUCCUGCUGGACUGCCGUAAUUUUUACGAGAGUAAAAUUGGUCAGUUCUCGGGAUGUCUGGCUCCAGACAUCCGCAAGUUCAGCUACUUCCCAGACUACGUGGACCAGAACUUGGAGCUCUUCCGAGACAAGAAGGUGCUCAUGUACUGCACUGGGGGAAUUCGCUGUGAGAGAGGAUCCGCUUACCUCUGCUCCAAAAAAGUAUGUAAAGAAGUUUACCAGCUAAAAGGUGGAAUCCACAAAUACCUGGAACGCUUCCCGGACGGCUUCUACCGCGGGAAGCUCUUCGUUUUUGACGAGCGCUACGCCAUCUCCACCAACAACGACGUCAUCGCGGUUUGCAGGUACUGCGGACGACCUUGGGACCGUUACCAGCUGUGCACCACGCGCUUCUGCCGCCAGCUUGUCCUCUCCUGCACCGCCUGCCGCUCGGAGGGGCGUAGCGCCUGCUGCCUCGGCUGCUCGACUGGCGGCGCGCGGCGUAAAGAAGAGUGCGAGUGCACGGAUGGACGUCUCAGGAUCCCUCAUGAUGUCAUUGAUGACGAAAAGCCCAUUCAUUAG